UUUCUUUUAUUUUUUUCCCUACUAAAAUUUUUAAUUCAAACAAAUUCUUAAAGGACUACUUAUUUCGAAUAAUAAGUGGUACAAAUAAAUUUUUUUUCAAGGGCUCCCAAACUGAGUGAAUCUCAAAAUUUUAAGGUGCAUUCUCCCCUACUCUUCGUAGGCUUCGUGGGGAGGGAGGGAGAGAGAGAGGGAGGCAGAAGAUGGCGAGAUAUGACAGAGCAAUAACGGUGUUCUCACCGGAUGGGCAUCUCUUUCAGGUCGAAUAUGCGCUCGAAGCCGUCCGGAAGGGAAAUGCCGCCGUCGGCGUCCGAGGCACCGACACCAUCGUUCUCGGCGUCGAAAAGAAGUCCACCGCCAAGCUCCAAGACUCGAGAAUGGUCAGGAAGAUAGUAAACCUGGACAAUCACAUUGCAUUGGCCUGUGCUGGGCUCAAAGCAGAUGCUCGGGUCUUAAUAAACAGGGCAAGGAUUGAAUGCCAAAGCCACAGGCUAACUGUUGAGGAUCCUGUUACUGUUGAGUAUAUUACACGGUACAUUGCAGGUCUUCAGCAAAAGUACACACAAAGUGGUGGUGUGAGACCGUUUGGCCUUUCAACAUUGAUUGUUGGUUUUGAUCCAUACACUGGUAUCCCAUCGCUGUAUCAGACAGAUCCAUCGGGGACAUUUUCGGCAUGGAAAGCUAAUGCAACUGGUAGGAACUCUAACUCAAUUCGGGAGUUUUUGGAGAAAAAUUAUAAAGAAACAUCUGGGCAAGAGACUAUAAAGCUCGCUAUUCGUGCAUUGCUCGAAGUUGUUGAGAGCGGGGGAAAGAACAUAGAAGUUGCUGUGAUGACAAGGGAGCAUGGGCUGCGGCAACUGGAUGAAGCUGAAAUUGAUGCUCUUGUUGCUGAGAUUGAAGCAGAGAAGGCAGCUGCUGAGGCUGCCAAGAAAGGCCCUCCUAAGGAAACAUGAAUUGUUCUGUUUAAACCCUUUUUCUUUGUUACUGCCCUCCGCCCAGCCAUUCUGUAGUGAUGGGUAAAUUUUCUUCUGAUGUUCUAUUAUGAGUUUCUCUCGUGUGUGAUUGGAAUGCUAUUGGAGUAUCAAAAUCAUAAGCCCUCCUGUACUGGUGUGUUGAGCUUAGCACUUGGUUUUGAAAUUGAUGGUAUGAGUACAAUUAGACUGAAAUUUAAGGCACUGAUUAACACAAUACAGGGAAUGGAUUGUUUUUCUAA